GUUUUACCGCUAGAUGAUUUAAUUGUGCGAUUACUACUGAUGGCAAGCGAAGAGGGGAAAACAGAACAAAGUAGCACUGUUAUUUCAUUGAUGCCUGAACUGAAACAAACAUUUGAUAGUAAUCUCACAUUAUCCGCAUUAAAUAAAUGUUUAUUGAAAUUGGGUGGAUCCGGCACAGCACCAAGAAAAAUAAGUGCUGCAUACGGAUUCACACCAGCUCAACGCCGCAAAAUAAUCUUUGGGGUUCUUACAUGGCUUAAUGAAAUAAUUCAGCCGAAAUUGGAUGAAGCAAAUUAUAGCAAUUUAGAUGGAUACCUAGCCGAAUCAUCAAAUUUCAAAGUGUUGACCGAGCGAAUACUUCCUAUGCUGAAUAGCAUUAAAGAAAACUCCGAGAAUUUCAAGCCGUUGAGUGUACUUUUAGUCCAUAUGCAUAAAUUAAAUCCGGAUUUAUUCGAAGAAAUAUUGUAUACGUAUGAUCAGCGAAUUAUUCAGACUGUUGGAGGUAUCGUUGGUUGGGAAGAUGAGUUAAUAAGUGGUGAACGAGAAAUCGAGCAUGCAGUCCAUCAGUUUGACGAGGAUAUCGCUUUGAUGCCUCAAGAACCCGAGCAAGCGCUGCGGCAGCAAGAAAUGCAAAAACGUUUAUAUGAAGAACAGUUGGUUAGCCAACAACAGCAGCAAUUAUUGCAGCAACAAGAAAUCCAAAAGCAAACGAUCGAAAAUCAUGAACAAGAAUUUGACACUAAAAAUCCGCAAAACUCUGAACGAUUAUUAUUGUUAGAAUUAGAAAAACGGCGAGAAUGGGAAUUACAACAGCAGAAACAACAGGAGCUUGAGAUACAAAGAAUAGAAUUAGAAAAACUGCGAGAAUGGGACUUACAGCAACGAGAAUUUGAGGAACAACGGCAACGCGAAUUAAAAGAGCAAGAACAACAGCAGCAGCGUCGUGAAUUAAAGGAACAAGAACAACAGCGGCAGCUUGAAAUAAAGCAAAAACAAGAACUUCAAAAGAAACGUGAAUUAGAAGAAAAGCAAAAACGGGAAUGGGAAUUAGCAGAGCGACGACAACGUGAGCUGCAGCAAAAACAAGAUCUCCAAAAGCAACGCGAACAAGAACAAGCGGAAAAAC